AUGUAUUUGCUGCUGUGCAAGCCCCUGGAGCACAUGCUGAGCAGCUGGCUGCAAAAGCGGGGCAGGCUAGGCACCCCCGACGACGAGAAUGGAAUUCACAAUGCCGAGCAGGACGACGAAGAUUUCCUCGACGACGAGCUGGAUGAAGACCACAUGAGCCACGACGAGACGAUGACUUUGCGACGCGAGGUCCGGGACGCUCGAAACCACUACAACAACAGCCACCUGCUCUUCAACAUUGCGCCCCUGCAGACGAUGGUCAGCCCAGCCACCAUAUAUGCGGCAUUUCGUCGACAAAUGACCACGUACCUGCAUCGGCCAAAGCUGGGGGUGGCCACGUGGCGACACGCCGCAACCUUCUGGAUGACGACGUUUGUCAUUAAUCGACUGUCGGCCGAGACGACCGGCGCCCUGGGCAGCCUGAUCCACACUCAAGCUCAACACUCUGGGGACACGGCCCAGCGGGCCUAUGCGCGCACAGCCAGUGACCAUGUGCAAACCAAAAUGUCGUCGCGACUGAUGCAUCAAGUGGCCUCGCAAAAGUGGCAUGCUUUGUUUGGACUAGAUCGCAAGCGCAGCAUAGCCGAGUUGACCGCUAACCAAGAAGCAUUGGAAGCUCGGUAUCCCAUCAGCUGGAACCCGGUGACUGACCUCUCGCCCGAGGCAAACGGGCGUAUCAUCAUGAACACGAGGGCCGAACAUGACGUACCCUACAUGACCCAGCUGGCCAAGCAGGCGACCAUCUCCUGGGGCCACAGUUUCAAUAGCCAAGAACAGUUGGACCUGGCUGCGGCCAUUGACCAGCACCGGCCGGAAGAUGGAUGGCUGAUUGUUGUUGCACCGACAGGCAUGGGUAAAACAUUUUGUACCCUGCCCAAGCUGGGCUGUCGCCCGCAUGCCGGUACGGUGCUGUGGAUUGUGCCGUUUGUGGCCGUGGCCAACGAUUUAUUGCGGCGAUUUCAAGGCGCAGGUCACAGUGCCCAGCGAUGGCUUGGUCCCUCUACACAGGUGGCAGAUGGCCUGGACGUGCUCAUCGUUACGACCGACAUGUUUGUCCGCGUGGGAUCUGAAUCACUACACGGAAAGGUCUGCUUUCAGCGCAUCCGCACCGUGGUGAUGGACGAGGCGCACACGCUCAUCUCGGAUGCCAGCUACCGAGAUGUGAUGGACGAAGUCGCAGCCAGUGUGGGCUCUGGCGGAUGGACCAACAUCAAACGCGUGGCGUUGACGGGCACACUUUGCAUCGGGAACCAGGAGCAUCUGUUUCGAAAGCUGGGUCAGCAAGUCGGGGGCAAGGUGUACCGUCUGGAGACGAUGCGUCGCGAUCUGCAGCUGCGUGUGCUUCACGGAAACCAGCUAAACUUUUUGUCGCAUGUGCAAGCCAUUGUGGACACGCAGCGGGUGAUGCGUCAGGCGAAUGGGGAGCGUGUGCACAUGAUGGUCUUUUGUGACACCGUGAACGAGGUGAAGCUGCUGUGUGACCAGCUGCACGCACGCGGCUACGUGGCCUUGCCCUUCUACACCGACCUGGAGGAGAAGGCGCAAAAGGACCAUGUGGCACAGUGGCAACGGGGUGAAUGCGACGUCAUUGUGGCCACCAGCUGCCUCAGCACGGGUGUGGAUCUGCUCACCAUUCGCCACGUGCUGUGGUAUGGCAAUGGCUACAACGUCUAUACGCUGGCCCAGUCGUGUGACUUUAUGGAGUUGAAAACAAAAAAAUAA